AUGGCGCUAACAAGAGUCAAAGCUAGUGGUACCUGCAAUCGUAAGGAGGCAAAAAAAAAGAAGGAAAAACUUAAUGAAGUUAUAAAAAAAACAAACAAAAUAAAUAGCAUGUUUAAACAAAGAGAAGAGCAUAGUGAGAACCAUGGUAGCUUGGACAAUGUUGAUCACAAUAUAAAUGAGCCUCCCUCAGUUGAAGCUGUUGUUACAAGUGAAGAACAUGAUAUUAAUUACUCUGAAGUGUUAGAAAUACCAGGGUCAGAUCCAGCUGAAUGGAAAAUAAAUUCAUGUACUAUUGAUUACAUAUGUAAAAAUGGAUUUAGCCAAAAUUUAGAUUCUAGUUUUAGUCAAUCCAAACGAAUUUACCAGUCAGUUCGUAGAGGUUCAUUCAGAAAUAUCAACCGCUAUGUAAAUAAAAGUUUUUUUGAAACAGUUUUAGUCAAUGGUAAGAAAUGUCCAAGAAAAUAUCUAGUUUAUUCACAAUCUAAGGGUUCAGUUUUUUGUGUUCCUUGCUAUUUAUUUAAUAAUACUUCUGCAUUUUCAAAAAAUGGUUUCUCGGAUUGGAAAAGGCCAAAAUCAAUAGACAAACAUGAAAAUUCACUUUCACAUAAAACAUGUGUGGUAAAAAUGAAAAAUAGAUCUUCUGAAUUGAACAAUGUUAAUGAAGUGCUUACAUUUCAAUUAGAAACAGAAAAAAUAUAUUGGAAAAAUGUGCUCACAAGAGUUUGUGCAGUUGUCAAAUCGUUAUCUAGUCGAGGUUUACCUUUUAGAGGUGACAAUGAGAAUAUUGGUUCGCUGCACAAUGGAAAUUUUUUGAUAUGCCUUGAAAUGAUCGCAGAAUUUGAUCCUUUUUUGGCUAAUCAUUUGGCAAACUAUGGUAAUCCUGGGAAAGGUUAUACUUCUUACUUGUCUCAUUCAACAUAUGAACAAUUUAUCAAGUUAAUGGCGACUAAGGUUCAAAAUCAAAUAGUUGAAGAAGUCAUUAAUGCCCAAUAUUUCUCCAUUGUUAUAGAUUCAACUCCAGAUAUUGCACAUGUUGAUCAACUAUCUUUUAUAUUAAGGUAUGUUAACAACAAAGGUUUACCUGUAGAAAGAUUUUUAUGUUUUAUAGAAAAUGUUGGACAUAAAUCUCAGUGCAUGGCUGAUACUGUAUUUUCUCUCUUAAAAAAAUAUAAUAUUGAUAUUGCAUAUUUGAGGGGUCAAUCAUAUGACAACGCAAAGAAUAUGUCUGGUAUUUACUCUGGUCUCCAGGCUAGAAUUAAAGAAGUUUCUCCAUUGGCUGACUUUGUACCAUGUUCAGCCCAUUCCCUCAAUUUAGUAGGGUCAUGUGCAGCAAGUUGCUUAAAAUCUACAUUGAAAAAUCUUUCCGAAACAAGAUGGUCCGCUCGGGAAGAUGCAUGUAAAGCUAUAAACCAAAAUUGGGAUAGUGUUAAACAAAGUCUAUGCGACAUAUCAGAAAAUAUAAAUGAAAAAUCUAUCACUCAAAAUGAAGCUCGUGGUUUACUUAGAUUAAUGAACCGUUUUGAAGUUACAUUUAUGUCACUAUUUUGGGGUGAUUUACUACAACGAUUUAAUGUGGUUAGUAAAUAUCUACAAUCAGUCAAUAUUGAUGUAUGUAAAGUGUGUGAUCAAUAUGAAGCAUUGAUAAAAUAUGUUGUAAAUCUCCGUUCUGAUGAAAUGUUUCAACAUUAUGAAGUACUAGCAAUGAAAAAAUGUUCUGAAAAUUGUUACGAAACUAUUUACAAACGUAAAAAAAAAAGGACAAAACAUCAUGAUGAAACAGCUAGUAUUAUUGAAAAUGAAAUCAAUUUAACAGGUAGUUUGGAAUUCAAAGUAAACACAUAUUUAGUGAUUUGUGAUUCUAUAAUAAAAGAAUUAACAAGUCGAAAGUUAGCUUACGAUAAUGUCAUAACAAAGUAUAGUUUUUUUUUAAGACUCACAAAGAUAAAACCAUCAGAAGUACGUGUUUCAGCUGAACAUUUGUACUCAAUGUAUACAAAAGAUUUGGAUGUAACAUUUAUUAACGAAUGUGUUCAUUUUCAAAGUUAUAUUCAAAGUAUGAAAAAUUCUCCAUCAACUAUAAUUGAUAUGAGUUCUAUGUUAAAAAUAGAAGGUUUAGAAGACAUUUACCCGUAUGUGAGUAUUGCUUUACACAUGUUUUUAUGUACUCCCUGUUCAAACUGUACCGCUGAACGGUCAUUUUCAACUUUACGCCGAAUAAAAACAUACCUAAGGUCAACAAUUUCUAAAGAGAGAUUAAACUCACUUGCAAUAUUAAAUAUUGAAUCAGAAAUAACAAAACAAAUUAAAUAUGAGGAUAUUAUAGAUCAUUUUGCUGAUAUUCAAUCAAGAAAAAAAUUGUAA